UCCUCUUGUACUGGAGGCUGCACUCCGUUUCACAAUGGCCUCCCUUGCUGCAGCAAAUGCAGAACUUGGCUUUGACCUGUUCAGAGAGAUGGAUAGCAAUCAUGGAAAUGAAAAUGUGUUCUUCUCCUCUCUGAGCAUCUUGACUGCCCUGGCCCUGGUCCGUUUGGGUACUCGAGGUGACAGUGCACGCCAAAUUGAUGAGACACUUUACUUCAACGAUCCCCAAAAUCAUGGAAACUCUUCUAAUAACCAGCCAAGACUGCAAUCUCAACUGAAGACAGUUCUCUCUGAUAUAAACACAUCCCACAAGGAUUAUGGACUCAGAAUUGCUACUGGUCUUUUUGCAGAAAAAGUGUUUGAAAUUCGUAAGGACUACAUUGAAUAUGCUGAAAAAUUAUACAAUGCCAAAGUGGAAAGAGUUGACUUUACAAAUGACAUAGAAGAUACCAGACAUAAAAUUAAUAAAUGGAUUGAAAAUGAGACACAUGGUAAAAUAAGGAAGAUGCUGAGUGAUGGCAGCAUCAGCUCUUCUGCUGUCAUGGUGCUGGUGAAUGCUGUUUACUUCAAAGGCAAGUGGGAAUCGGCCUUCACCAAGAGCGAAACCGUAAGCUGCCGUUUCAGAUCUCCCAAGUGUCAUGGGAAAGCAGUGGCCAUGAUGCAUCAAGAACGGAGGUUCAAUUUGUCUACGAUUCAGGAUCCCCCCAUGCAGGUUCUUCAGCUCAAAUAUCAUGGUGGCAUAAGCAUGUACAUUCUGCUGCCUGAGAGUGAUGUGUCCCAAAUUGAAAAAGAAUUGAGCUUUCGGAAUCUAAUGAACUGGACCCAUCCAAGAAAAAUGACCUUUCAGUAUGUAGAUGUGUUUCUUCCUCAGUUCAAGAUAGAGAAGAAUUACGAAAUGAAACGCUACCUGCAAGCCCUAGGGCUGAAAGAUAUCUUUGACGAGUCUAGAGCUGACCUCUCUGGAAUAGCUUCAGGAGGUCGUCUCUAUGUAUCAAAAUUAAUGCACAAGUCGUACAUAGAGGUCACUGAGGAGGGCACUGAAGCGACAGCUGCCACAGAAAAUAACAUCGUAGAAAAGCAGCUCCCUGAAUCUACAGUGUUUAAAGCUGAUCACCCAUUCCUAUUUGUCAUCAGGAAGAAUGACAUCAUCUUAUUUACCGGCAAAGUCUCUUGCCCUUGAAAAUCCAAUUGGUUUCUGUUACAGUAGUCCCUGCUACAUCAAUGAAACACCACAAGUGAAUAGAUUUGUUCACUACUAGCAUGUAGUGUUUCCUUUGAGUUUAUUUUUUCCUAACAUUGGUCAGCAGAUGAUAUUGGUG